UAGGGCUAGGCACGAAGCAUUGGAGUGAUGGGUUGCGGUCAAUUCGCGCCUACAUGCCGCUUGCUCUUAGGUUGGUUGGUAGUGUCCGUUUGCGCUGCUUCUCUCCUCAAAUUUUAUUUAACAAACGGCUCUUCUUUCUCUGCUCUGCGGAUCCAUCCAUUACGACUGUUUUCUCUCUCAGUUUAACCCGCAGUUCAAGGUCUUCUCUUUCUCUCUCAUGAAUUCCUCUGCUUCCAUCGCCAUGAAACCUUCUUGUUCUUCUACUUGUUCUUCUACUUGUUCUUCUUUGUUUUGUAUCUCUCGAACCCAAAGAUCACUCUUUUUUAACAUUCACAAAACACCCAGAACCCAUUCCAAAUCUUUCUUUAAAUCUCUCAAAUGUAUCCAAUCUCCACCUCCUGGGUCUCUUCCUUCAAAGCCCACUUCUUUGUCCUGCUCUGCUGUCACCCUAUCUCCCUCACAGACCGCUCAUCUGCCUCCACGUAAACUAUCCGCCCUUGUCUCCGAAUUCCAAUCCCUUUUACAGCCUCUCGACCGUGUCAAGCGUCUUCUUCACUAUGCUUCUCUCCUACCUCCUCUCCCGGCUUCCUCUCGGACUGACUCGAACCGGGUCAUGGGCUGCACGGCCCGAGUUUGGCUCGAUGCCCAGAUGGACUCUGAAGGGAAGAUGAGAUUUUGGGCCGCCAGCGAUUCCGAGAUCACGAAAGGGUUUUGCGCAUGUUUAGUUUCGGUUCUUGAUGGGGCAGCGCCAGAGGAAGUGCUGGGAUUGAAAACAGAGGAUUUGGCGGCGCUUAACGUGGGGUUGCCUGGUGGGGAACGGUCUCGUGUGAACACAUGGUACAAUGUUUUGGUUAGUAUGCAGAAGCGAACCAGGGCCUUGGUUGCUCAAAAGGAAGGGAAGGCCCCGUUUGAGCCGUUUCCGUCGUUGGUUAUCACGGCCGAGGGUUUUCAGCCAAAAGGAAGCUACGCCGAGGCUCAGGCAAGAUAUUUGUUCCCUGAUGAGUUAAAGGUCAAAGAACUUGUUAAUGUGUUGAAAGAGAAGAAAAUUGGUGUAGUUGCUCAUUUUUACAUGGAUCCUCAAGUGCAAGGCAUCUUAACUGCUGCCCAGAAGGAGUGGCCUCACAUUCAUAUAUCCGACUCUUUGGUCAUGGCAGAUGCAGCUGUCAAGAUGGCAAAAGCUGGAUGUAAAUUCAUAACUGUUUUGGGUGUGGAUUUUAUGUCAGAAAAUGUUCGUGCUAUUCUUGAUCAAGCUGGCUUUGGAGAGGUUGCAGUGUACAGGAUGUCAAAUGAACGCAUUGGUUGUUCUUUGGCUGAUGCUGCUGCUACUCCUGAUUAUAUGAACUAUCUUGAGUCAGCUUGUAACUCACUUCCUUCCUUGCACGUUAUUUACAUUAAUACUUCGCUAGAAACAAAAGCUUAUUCGCAUGAGCUUGUACCAACAAUCACUUGUACUUCUUCAAACGUUGUGCAAACUAUUCUGCAGGCUUGUGCUCAAAUUCCAGACUUAAACAUAUGGUAUGGGCCUGAUUCCUACAUGGGUGCAAAUAUUAAAGAGUUGUUCCAGCAGAUGACUUUGAUGUCUGAUGAGGAAAUUGCUGAAAUACACCCAGAACAUAAUAGAGACUCAAUUCAAUCACUGCUAACUCGCCUGCACUAUUACGAGGAUGGAACAUGUAUUGUUCAUCACCUUUUUGGACAUGAAGUUGUACAGAAGAUAAAUGAAAUGUACUGUGAUGCCUUUCUAACGGCACAUUUUGAGGUUCCUGGAGAAAUGUUCUCUUUAGCAAUGGAAGCCAAGAGAAGAGGAAUGGGUGUUGUAGGCUCCACUCAAAACAUAUUGGAUUUCAUAAUACAAAGGGUUCAAGAGGCAUUAGAUAGAAAUGUUGAUGACCACCUCCAGUUUGUCUUGGGUACAGAAACAGGAAUGGUGACUUCAAUAGUUGCAGCAGUUCGCAGUUUGUUAGAUUCUUUGAAGUCAACUUCUAGCGCAAAAAUCAAUGUUGAAAUUGUCUUUCCGGUCUCAUCAGACGCAAUGACAAAAACAUCUACAAGCUCUUCCCCUGUCCUUCAAUCGGUUAAAAUGGGGGAUGUUAUACUCCCUGUUGUGCCUGGAGUUGCAAGUGGGGAGGGAUGUUCUAUUCAUGGUGGCUGUGCAUCUUGUCCAUACAUGAAGAUGAAUUCUCUUACCUCACUCUUAAAAAUUUGCCACCACUUGCCCGAUGAAAGAAGUAACCUUAAAGCAUUUGAAGCUGAACGGUUCAAGUUGCAAACCCCUCAAGGAAAGUCUAUUGCAGAUGUUGGAUGUGAGCCUAUAUUGCAUAUGAGACACUUUCAGGCAAAGAAAGAAUUGCCAGAGAAACUUAUCUACCAGGUUCUUGGUCCACAUGGUAAAGGAAAGCCGGUGUCUUAAGCUGAGCUGGUCCUGGAAUGCUAGCUGUUUUUGAUCGAAUGUAAUUUCCUCCAAGCAGAGUUGGUUUGGAUUGAGAUACUGCUCCCCCAGCGGUUCACAGCUGAAUUUUCUUGUACAAUUUCAGUGACUCAGAUUCUUCACAUUCCUUCUCUCUCUCAAGUUGCUUAAAAAUGUACUUUUGAGUGCGGGUCAGUGCUAGUUUUAUUAUAUAGGAAAUCAAAUGGAUUCAAUCCUGAUUUAUUUUAUAGAUAUUUGUAUAGCUAUUAGUUCUACAGGGGAAGAGGAAAUCAUCUUCGAGACUUCAAUUCCUAAUAAUCUCAUACACCAUGACAAUCCUAUACAACAUAA